GCACGUCGAGGUGUACUUUUUUGUCGGUGUUAUUGUUCGUUUAUACCUCCGGGGAUUUUCUUAUCGAAAGAACGACGCGUAGGUCAUUAUCAGUAAGAUUAAAUUUGUUGUCAGAGGAGGUGGAUGUGUUUGCCGCAAUAAAACUAGAAGGUGCACAUUGCAUUGACCCAGAACGGAUUGUCACUCUGCUCGGUGUAUCAUAUUGCUCUGAGCCAUGGGACAUCAUCAUGAGAAGAACGAAACAAACCAUGAGCAUCAAAAGAAGAAUCAUCAUGAAACGGAAGUGGACACCUACUUUUCAGAUAACAAAAUCCAUAUACCAGAAACUGAAAAGACAGGAUUUAGUUUCCGGAAGCUAUGGGCCUUCACCGGUCCAGGUUUCCUUAUGUCCAUAGCUUAUUUGGAUCCGGGAAACAUUGAGAGCGAUCUGCAAUCUGGAACCAUAGCGAAGAAUAAGCUGUUGUGGAUAUUAUUGGGAGCUACGAUCUUGGGUCUAGUUAUGCAGACUCUGGCUACAAAACUAGGAGUGGUGACUGGGCUGCAUCUGGCUGAAAUGUGCUACAGGCAGUACAAAAAGUUGCCGAGAUUGCUUGUCUGGAUUAUGAUUGAAAUCGCUGUCAUCGGAUCGGAUAUGCAGGAGGUAAUCGGAACGGGGAUUUCCAUCUACCUGUUAUCCAUGAAAGUUGUGCCACUGUGGGCGGGAUGUUUAAUCACUAUCGUGGAUACUUUCACGUUUCUUUUCUUGGAUAAGUAUGGUUUGAGGAAGCUGGAGUUUUUCUUUGGAUUACUCAUUGCAGUGAUGGCUGUGACUUUCGGUUACCAAUACGUUGUAUCCGCGCCUGAUCAAGUUGAUAUACUGAAGGGCAUGUUCUAUCCUUGGUGCGAGGACUGCGAUUCUGGUGCAAUCCUGCAGGCUGUUGGUAUCGUGGGAGCAGUUAUCAUGCCCCAUAACCUAUACCUCCAUUCCGCCUUGGUUAAAUCCAGGGAUAUUGAUCGCACUAAACCCGAAAAGAUUAAGGAAGCUAAAUUCUAUUACCUCAUCGAGAGCAGCAUAGCUCUACUCUGCAGCUUCAUCAUCAACGUCUUCGUUGUAUCAGUAUUCGCUUACGGACUCUUCGAGACCACCAACAGCGAAUUGUUGGAUCAGUGCGACGCUCGAGGAAUCGACGCGACGGAUGUCUUUACAGGACCACCCGAUGAGUACGUAUCGGCGGACCUCUACAAAGGCGGUUUCUUCCUGGGCUGCACAUUCGGAAUGGCUUCCCUGUAUAUCUGGGCCGUGGGAAUAUUGGCCGCAGGUCAAAGUUCAACGAUGACUGGUACAUAUGCAGGACAAUUCACCAUGGAAGGUUUCCUCAACCUGAAAUGGGCUCGCUGGAAGCGUGUGUUGUUCACCCGUACCAUCGCAAUCGUACCAACUUUCCUAACAGCUUUCUACAGCAACAUCGAAGAUCUCACUGGACUCAAUGACAUCCUCAAUGCAGUCAUGAGUGUUCAGCUACCUUUCGCCGUCCUUCCAACCAUAGCCUUUACCAGCAACAAGAAUAUCAUGGGCGAAUUCGUCAAUGGAAUCGUUGUGAAAAUUGUUUCGAUUUUACUCAGCGUUGUCGUUGUAAGCAUCAACAUUUUCUUCGUAGUCAGCACAGUCAGCGAACAGAAUUUACCAGCAGGAGCAAUCGCUGCAAUUGGAGUCGUGGGUUUCUUCUAUUUGCUAUUCUGUCUAUACUUGGUGAUACAUUUAAUAGCAUCGAUGAGUGAAACUGUGGCCAAAAUACCGAUCAUACAGAAAUAUGUAUACGUAGAGGCAGAUCACACCUUGAGCUUAAACAUCUAAAUUUGUAUUUAGUUUCUUAUUUGACAAGUAUUUGAUAGACUGCACUUUAAAACCUUUUGAUAAACUGUAAAAUCAGUUCAAAAAACUGAUUUAUUUUAUUUUCUUGUGCGUUUUACAUUAAAACACAUCAUUCGGGUAGGUUAAGAGAGAUUAUUAUUAUUAGAUAUUAGAAUACUCCAUAAUAUUUAUAGUUUAUACAUGAUUUUAGAACUGUAGUUUUGUGAUAU